CACGUGGGAUAAUUAAUCACAUUCUAUAACAAAUAUUAAAUAUCUUAAUAGACUCUCUUACGCCCUAUGUUAACAGAGAUAUGCUUACCUUGCAUCAUCCUACUGUCAAAGGCCUCUCAUUUUCGGAAAGACUGCAAGAUAAGGUCAUCAGUCCUAUACGGUUCAUCCUCAAGGCAUGGCCUACAAUACAAAGCAUCAAUAAAAAAAAGCGAGCAAUCGGAGUGGACCCGAUUGUGCAUCCUUCAGAGCUACCAAAAGACUCUUUCAAGCUUGUCAACUCCUUCUUUGGCUUUGAGCCUUCUCGCCCCGUUGGUCCACUUGUAGAGGUCAUAGGUCCCAUUAUCCCCAAAACUCACCCUGUUCUCAACACUGAUCUUCAGCAGUUCCUGGAUAAUCAUCGCAGAGUUGUCUAUGUCGCUUUUGGUCAAGUGGCUAUCCCUAGCCCCAAAGACAUUCAACUGAUCUUGACAUCACUUUUGGAAAAUAUGGAAGCAGGCAAGCUUGAUGGGGUCAUCUGGGGUACCCGCGGCAUCCAAGACCUCUUUCCCGAGUACUUGACAACACGCUCCAAUACCACAUAUGACGUAAAAAGCUUCUUUGAUAAGCCAGCGAAUGGUAGCAACAUUGCCUUUGUCAAUUGGGCGCCACAAGUAGCUAUCCUUCAUCAUCCUUCGACUGCAAUGUUCAUAACACACGGUGGCGCAGGCUCUCUUUUUGAAUCGAUGUACGAGGGCGUUCCUGUAGCCAUCUUUCCUUUCUUUGGUGAUCAGCCUGGUAAUGCUAAAACGAUGGAAGAAAUUGGCAUUGGCCGCUGGUUGAAGAGAGACUAUGAUCAGUCAACGGCAACUGCUCUUAUUGAAGAAAUCCUUGAGGACAAGACUGGAAAAUACAAGCGAAAUAUCAACCGCUUCAAGGCUAUAGCUCAAAUCAGAUCAAGAAGUGGAGUCACUCGUGGAGCUGAUGUUGUUGAAGAAGCUCUGUUUACACAUGAAGAUGGAAAGAUAACUCAUAGAAGAGAUGUCCGAAGAGAACUCUCAUUCAUUAAAGCAUACAAUCUGGACAUCUACGCCUUUGUGGCUGCUUUCUUGGUGGCAUCCGUAUCCAGUGCAGGGUACCUUGUGUAUAAAGCGUACUUGUACAUCCAAAAGAACACAGACCUCCUUGCUCAGCAAAGGUCCAAAAGCCAAAAGUUAAAGAAGAUAUAGGGACGUUGUACUCUGAUCAUUGUUGAAGUAUAUAUGCAGAAUAAAAAUAAAAUCGAACUUUAGAUAACCCAUUUUAGGAUACUCAAUAUAUCUUGUCUUUUUUUUUUUGU